AUGAGUCGUGGCGACGAGGCAGCCCGGGCUCGGGACGCCCUUUUGGCCGAUCUUGGGCUCGACCGAGCUGUUGCCGCUGAACUCGAGGCCCCAGACAGGCCGAGAUUCAGGCCUAGGGGGGAAGCUUCCAACGCCCUCGCCGAGCUGCAAGGCCAGAACCACGCGGCACUUGCCCAUUUCCCGGACACGAGGUCUGACCCAGUCUGGGCCAGCGCGAGCGACACCCAAUGGCGUUUGCAUGUGGAUCAUCUACUGCACAGCCUCAAUGCAAGGCCCGCUACUGACCGCAUCAACCUGAUCACACCACUUUCCUGUGACACUAAACACCUCUGGUCCGCCCUUGCCGCUGCCGUGCGUUUACAUCCCGUUGUGGCUCUUGAAAUCCCUGCAGAUCAACCCGUGACGAGUCAAAUCCUUUGGCUCAAGCUCUGCCUGCGCCGCUGGCGCCGCUUCCACGCUGAAGCCCUCGCCCGUCAUGCCCUUGCCAUAGCACAAGCCAAUCGGUUUGCCGUGUUUCAAUCCAUCGACGCGGCUUGGGCUCAAUGGAAGGCUGCCUUUUUCCGUAAAACCUUUCCUGCUGAUGCCCUCUGCCGCCACCACCUGCUUCGCUGCCACUGGGACCAAUGGCGCAAAGCCACAGCAGAUCUCCGGCGCGCUCGCUGCCAGCUCCAUCGACGUACACUCCACCAGACUCUCACCAAGUGGAGGCGCUUUUCUGCUGCUGCCCACGCCCGCACCGUUGAGUCCCAGCGCUGGAGCGAUGCCCGGAGUCAAACCCAAGCCCUUCAUCGCUGGUCCCACGCUUGGUUGGCUGCCCUUGAGCGCGAGCGGCAAGCCCAUCACCAAUGGGCUCGAAAUCGCCUUCGGCGCUGGUACCGUCGUUGGGCUCGCCGCUGUGCCUUGGACCGUGCGGCUCAGCAGUACUCCCACCGGCUCUUGCACCGCGCCUGGUUUGCGUGGUACCACCGUCUCAUCCACCAUCAGCACACACUUGCCCAGGCUAUAUUAUGGCACGGUCACACGCACCCGCGUCAGCGGCGCGCGAUUUGCUGGGCUCAUUGGCGCGCUCUCCUCGACCACCAUUGCCAACGCCAAAGCCGCGCCCGAGUUUGGAAUCUUCAGCGUCCCUGGCACCGCUGGCGCGCGCUAACCAUGUACCACACAGCUCGUAUCGAGCCCCUUCGAGCUCGUGCAAAGCAAAUGCAUUCGCAAGGCCUCUUGCACCGCAGCUUGCAAGCCUGGUCAGCUGUCACGCAGCUCGCUCGCCUCUAUCACGCCGUGCAUCAUCGACAUGAGCAAGGUCUUUGUAUUGCAGCCUGGUCACGUUGGCGCCGGGCCUGGCACGAGCGCCAAGGGCUCCAUGCUCGCAUGGACCGAGCCAAUGCCCUGGCACGUUGGGUGGCACAACGCUGGACGGCACACGUGCUGCGCCGCCGCCGUCGCCGCCAAGCCUGGCGCUCCUGGGUUCAAGCCGUGCAGUUGAAAGCUCGCCCCAUUCGCUGGCGCCUUUUCAAGGAGCUUCUUCUGCUAGAGCGACUCCGCUUGCAGGCCCUGACGGCGCAGGCGGCUGCUCGCCAUGUUGUGACCACGCCUGCCCCCAUUCAUGCUCAUGCAGCUCUGCGCCGCACCUGGCACACCUGGCGCCAACAGCUGCUCAAGUCUCGUCAACGUCAACACCAGCUUCAAGAAGCUGAACACCUGCGGGUGCACCAAGGGCUCGCGUGGUCUUGGCAGCGCUGGCGGCUAGUUCACAAUCGCCGACAACAGCUGCUUCUGCUGGAAUCACACGUGCGCGUGCAGCGACAGCAGCACUGCCUGCGUACAGCCCUGCAUCACAUGCUAGCCUGGCGGUGCCACCUCCUGCAGCAAUCGGCGCAGCUACAGGACUAUCGUGCUCGUGGGCGUCUUGCGCACAGCUGGCAAUGGUGGCGCUCUUGGAUGGCCCUGAACCGCGCCGCUCGCCACCACGACUACCACAGGCGGCAACAAAAGGUUUGGCGCUACUGGCGCCACAUUUAUCAGCAGCGUUUGGACGCCCGACACGCUCUCACUUGGCACUUGCACGACACGCUUCGUCGCUGGCGGACCGUCACGCGUGGUCGCCAGCAGCAGCGCAUCAAAUAUUAUCGCUUGCUCCAUCGAGCUUGGCAUGCAUGGUAUUCCGCUUGGCAGGCCCGUGGGGUGCAACUUCAGCGACGCCAGCUCCUCACCGGUGCCGCCUGGUCACUGUGGCGCGCUCGCUGGCACCACCGCCAGGCUUCUUCAGCCCGCGCCCAUGAUCAUGCCCUGGUCCUCGAAGCACACUUGGUUCAGAGACGGGCUUGGCGCUGCUGGAUUCAGCAACACUGGCUGAGAUAUGCCACACGACGACGCGCCUACGCCCUCAUGCAUUGGGCCUGGCGACAAUGGGCCUAUGCUGUGCAGGCGCAGGUGGAGUCUGCAGCAAGCGCUCAGCAGGCUGCCAGAAUGGCGUUGGCGCAGCGGGCGUGGCGGGCGUGGCACGAUGCUUUGCGUGAUCGCGCGUACGCUGACCACUGGCGGCAGCAUCGCGCUUGGUUGCGUUGGCAAAGUGCUUGGCGCUCCAAUCGUCAGAACAAUGAGCGGGCAAGGCUGCAGAUGGAGAUGUUCAUCCUCCACUCGACUUUUACCAGAUGGCACUGCAAUCUCAAGCGGCUUCGCGCCCAGCAACUUGCUCACGUUCACGCUGCUCAACAUCAACGAAUGCAUCACUUGAUCCGCCACACUUGGUUGCGAUGGCGACAUGUCCACCUCCGCCGACAACAGCACGAUGCCACAAGGCUUGGUCUAAUGCAAGCAAGGCAGACGAGGUGUCUGAGGGCACGGGCUUUGAAAUGUUGGCGUUUCAACGCGCGCGCGCGACCUGGGCUUCGACUUGUGGAACAGCGCCGGGCGCGGCGGCACUUGCAGCAUUGGCGCCACUUGCUGCGCCACUUUCUUUACCAAGCCCAGUUGGCUCUUCACCAGCAAAAUAAGAUGGUGUACAUGCACGCCUGGCAACGCUGGAGGCUGGUGUGGCGUACGACAAGCCAGCGCCACCAUCACGAUGCUCAACUGGCAACCCAGACCCGGGCUGCUUGGCUAAGCCGGCAUGCGCUGACGACCCUGAUGUGCCAGUGGCGGUAUCAUGAACAGCGCUUGGCGCUCGUGCAGCAUCAGCUUACUUGUGGGACAGCAUGGCGACGAUGGCAGCGUAUGUUGCACCGUCAUCGCAUUCAGAAGGCUAGUGCUGAUCGAGCUGCUGCACGGCAGUGCUUGCGACGUGCCCUGCAUACUUGGGUCAAGCAACAGUCUCGCCAACUGAUGCGCGUGCAGGAGGCCAUCGAACACCGCCAUCGCGUACUGCGGGGUCACAGCGUGCAAGCCUGGCGCCGAUACUUUCACGAAUUGUCGGUGGCCCGUUGCUUGGAAAAGUUGCAAGCAUGGCGUCGCUUUCGCCGUCAAUUUGCAAAGCAGCAAGAUCAAUCCCGUCAGCUGGCAGCGCUCGCGACGCAGUGGCUGGCCCACCAGGAUCGACAAAGGUGCUUGUUUGCUUGGCUGCACUGGCGCCAGAGGUGGCAACUUGUUCUACAGGCCUCGGACGAUAAGACUGAGGUCCGGCCUGCACUUUCAGGCACAUGGGACCACGUCACGCUUCGCGACAAUGGACCAGUCGCGGAUAUUGGCCGAGACGCUCUGCCUCGUGCCGAACCAGGGACAUGGGAGCUCCCGGCUUCUACCGCCGCCUGGGCUUUACCAUCGAACCUGGGUCGUGUCGAUGAGGAGGAUAGCUGGUUGCGGCAGAGUAUGCGCAGCUGGGCCAGUACGGGUCUGCCCGCGGAUAAGGUGCGCAGUCUUCAUCAGUUUUACCUCGUGUUGAGGCUCAAGCGCAAUGCGGUGAUCCUUCGGAGGUGCUGGCAGCGAUGGCGUACGCUGCGUUUGGUUCGGCUGCAUGCUCGGCUUCAACCCUUUGUUUUACAGGAGCUGGCCUCAUCGGGCCAGUCAGUGCACGCCUUGAGAGCUUCAUCGAGUUAA